AUGGGGAUCAUCAGAAGACAAUAUUAUCAAACAGCAAAAGAGGUAGUUGUUGUUUUCUACGCUAAGGGAAAGAGUGGUGUUCAUGUUGACUUCUCCGAAGAGAGUGUCGAUGUUUUUAUUCAAUUAUCUGGAGGAGAAGAAACAUAUGUUCGCAAGACCAAAUUGUCUGGAAAGAUAAUCAAGGAGAAAUCCAGAUUUGAAGUAUUCCCAACCAAAAUUGAGAUACAUCUAGCAAAAGAAGAUGAACUCAACUGGUCCUCUCUUGAACAUGAUAAGAAGCCAUCGAUUCUGUCAAUGGGAGUAGUGAAGAUCAUGAGUAAUUAUUGGUCAAUUCAAGAAGCUAGGAAAAAGCAUGGGGAACAACUGAAGCAUACCAAAGAUCAGAUGGGGAAACGUGAUAUUCUCAGUUUUGAUGUGGAGAAGAGAAAACGUGAGCCAGAAGCUAAGGAUGAGACCAUUAAGACUCUUAACGAGGACAUUCAAAUGCUUAGGGAAGAGCUGAAGAAACAUGAGCUCAACUUAAAACGUGAGCAAGAAGCCAAUGUUGAGACCAACAAGAAACUUCAGGAGGAGAUUGAAAAUCUUGGAGAAGAAAUGGAGAAACGUGAAGGUGAAUUGGAAAAGAUAAAAGGUGAGCAAGUCCUCAAGGAUGAGACCAACAAGAAACUUCAGGAGGAGAUUCAAAAUCUUGGGGAAGAAAUGGAGAAACGUGAAGGUGAAUUGGAAAAGAUAAAAGGUGAGCAAGUCCUCAAGGAUGAGACCAUCACGAAACUUAACGAGGAGAUUAAAAAGCUUGGGGAAGAACUGCAGAUGGAGAAACAUGGACUACCAGAAAUCAUGUCUAAUUCAACACUUCAGAAAGCAGUAGAUAGACUACCAGAAUGGUUGAAGAGCAUUAUGGCGCCUAAAGGAGCUGUCACUGGAGCUGAGCUGGGAGUUUAG